CAUUUCUCUUCUUCUUCUUUAUUACAUAGUUCUGAAAAAAUCAAUGGAUCCAAAUCAUAAUCUCCUCUUUGUCGCAUUUCUUGUUCUUUGCUUAGCCGUAAAUGGAGUUACCGGAUAUGCCACGGUCACUGGCACGGUGUUUUGUGACCAAUGCAAGGAUGGAGAAAGAUCUUUGUUCGAUUUUCCUGUCUCCGGAGUUACGGUUAGUGUGACAUGUCCUGAUGAAAAUGGACAACUCUCUAUGUCAAGAGAAGAGACCACUAAUUGGCUUGGAGGAUAUGUAAUGAGAUUUGAUGGGACACCGGAUCUGAGCAACUGUUAUGCUCAGGUUUCAGAUAAUGGGGCUCAACAGCAAAGCUCAAGUAGCUGCAACAUUGCUUCAGGCCCUGCACAGAAACUUAAACUAAUGUUUAGUUUUUUUGGGAUUGAAAUGUUCGCUGCAGAUGCACUUCUUGCUCAGCCAUUUCAGCCAAUGUCUUCUUGUCCUAAACCACCACCAUCUCCGGUUAUGCCUCCUCCUCAGGCCCCGGUUAUGCCUCCUCCUCAGGCCCCGGUCUUUCCUCCUCCUCAGGCCCCAGUCUUUCCUCCUCCUCAGGCUCCGGUCUUGCAUCCUCCUCAGGCCCCGGUCUUGCCUCCUCCUCAAGCUACACCACCUCCUCAGUAUAAGCUUCCACCUUUGCCUCCAAUGCCUCAAGUCCCGGUCUUGGCUCCUCCUCAGGCCCCGGUUAUGCCUCCUCCUCAAGCUACACCGCCUCCUCAGUUUAAGCUUCCACCAUUGCCUCCACUCCCUCCAAUUCCAUUUGUAGAGCCAUCAGCUUGUUCUCACCAGUUGUGGAGAAAACCUGAGUAUAGAUGCUAUUGGAGGGCGAUAGGGCCUGAUACAAAAGUUGCGGUUGCAUUCGGGCUAGUAGCAGGGAGGAGAUACGGGACAGAUAUGACAAUACGUGAAGCCCUUGACGGUCGAGGAGAAGCAUAUAAGACUCUCUUAAGGGAGGCAACAACUGCAUUACUCAAUUCAUACAACUCUCUUGGCUUUCCUUAUAAUUCCAUCUCUGUGAUCACAAAUACAAACUUGGCACUCCUCGCAAACUCGCAGCACGAUGUUCUCAUGACCGCUAUUCGAUUCAUCAAGGCUAAUUCCGGGACCUGCAGAUUCACAGUUUGCAAGUGAUUGGGUGUGUCUUUACUAUUUAUAUACCCUACACUUUCUUCUUUUCUCAUUGUUCUUGGGUCUUUUUGUAACACCUACCAUGAAAGUCUAUACUUGGAUUCAUUGGAGAA